AUGGGAUCUUUCACAAAACUUGUACGAUUCAAGUCGGACAACGACACGGUCUAUUACACUGACCUCGGCGACCUUUCCUUGGAGGCACCGGCACCCGGGUCGCAGGUCACAGCUUACAUUUCCUUCGAGGACUUGCUGUCAAAACGCGAUAGCGAGACCGCCACAGUCAAGGAGCUCCUCGCUCCUUUGCCGCAAGAUGGCUUGCCAAUUUAUUGCGUGGGCUUGAACUACAAAAGCCACGCCGCCGAAGCAAAGUUCGAAGUAAGCGACGCACCACCGCUGUGGGUGAAACCAGCCGCGGCGCUCGCGAAUCCCGGGCAGGACAUCGUCUUGAACAAGUACUGCGCAGCAAGCCUACCCGAUUACGAGGCCGAACUCGUCUUCGUGACCUCAAAAACAUGCAAAGACAUAAGCGAGAGCGAGGCCGAGGACGCUAUCCUAGGCUACACCAUCGGUAACGACCUUUCCUGCCGCCUAUUCCAGAUGCCGAAGCAAUCAGGCGGGCAAUUCUACUACGCCAAGGCCUUCGACAACUUCGCGCCCAUCGGCCCCACUCUCGUGAGCAAGGCAGCGUUCCCGUUCUCCACGGCCACGAUGGCUCUCACCGUCAACGGAGAACAGCGGCAGCAGGCCAAGUUCGAGGGCGAUCUGGUGUUCAGUCCGGCGAAGAUAUUGAGUUAUAUGAGUCAAGGCACUACUAUCCCGGCUUACACGGCCGUUAUGACGGGAACGCCGUCAGGUGUCGGCGCGUUCAUGGAUCCGAAACAGUUCUUGAAACAUGGAGAUGAGGUCAGGAUAUCGAUUACUAGCGUCGGCGAGCUGAAGAAUAAGAUUAUUGUUGCUGAGUAG